GCGGCGAGCAGCCCUGGGCUGCGGCUUCCUCCCCACGCCCGAGUCUCCUGCGCACCGCCGCCGAGGACGCGCGCCCGAGCUUGGUCCUCACGCCGCGGCGCGCCUGGGCUACCCGCUGAUCCCAGAACAAUCAACCAUGACGACUGAAUCUGGAUCAGACUCGGAAUCCAAGCCGGACCAGGAGGCCGAGCCCCAGGAGGCGGAGGGGGCGCAAGGGCGCGCGGGGGCGCCCGUGCCGGAGCCGCCCAGCGAGGAGCAGCAGCAGGUCCUGGAGCAGUUCGCCUCUGCUGCAGCGCACAGCACCCCGGUGCGGAGGGAGGUCACUGACAAGGAACAGGAGUUUGCUGCCAGGGCUGCGAAACAGCUCGAAUAUCAGCAAUUAGAAGACGAUAAACUUUCUCAGAAAUCAUAUAGCAGUAAACUCUCUCGGUCUCCAUUAAAGAUUGCCAAAAAGCCUAAAAGCAUGCAGUGCAAAGUGAUACUUCUAGAUGGAUCAGAAUAUACCUGUGAUGUAGAGAAACGCUCCAGAGGACAAGUGCUGUUUGAUAAAGUGUGUGAACACUUGAACUUGCUAGAGAAAGACUACUUUGGGCUUACGUAUCGAGAUGCUGAAAACCAGAAGAAUUGGUUGGACCCUGCUAAGGAAAUAAAAAAACAGGUUCGAAGUGGUGCUUGGCACUUUUCAUUUAAUGUGAAAUUUUACCCACCAGACCCUGCACAGCUAUCUGAAGAUAUCACCAGGUACUACCUCUGCUUGCAGUUGCGAGACGACAUCGUGUCCGGAAGGCUGCCCUGCUCCUUCGUUACUCUGGCCUUGCUGGGCUCCUACACUGUCCAGUCAGAGCUCGGAGACUAUGACCCGGAUGAAUGUGGGAGCGAUUACAUUAGUGAGUUCCGCUUUGCACCAAACCACACUAAAGAACUGGAAGACAAAGUGAUCGAGCUGCACAAGAGCCACAGAGGAAUGACGCCGGCAGAAGCAGAGAUGCAUUUCUUGGAAAAUGCCAAAAAAUUGUCCAUGUAUGGGGUAGAUUUACAUCAUGCUAAGGACUCAGAAGGGGUAGAAAUUAUGUUAGGAGUUUGUGCAAGUGGUCUGUUGAUAUAUCGUGACCGGCUGCGAAUAAACAGAUUUGCCUGGCCCAAGGUUCUCAAGAUUUCAUACAAACGGAACAACUUUUACAUUAAGAUCCGGCCAGGAGAGUUUGAACAAUUUGAAAGCACCAUUGGGUUUAAGCUGCCAAACCAUCGAGCUGCCAAGCGUUUAUGGAAAGUAUGUGUUGAGCAUCAUACAUUUUUCAGACUGUUGUUACCAGAAGCACCUCCCAAGAAAUUCUUAACCUUGGGUUCCAAGUUUCGUUAUAGUGGCAGGACACAAGCGCAAACGAGAAGAGCCAGUGCAUUGAUAGAUCGCCCAGCACCUUACUUUGAACGUUCCUCCAGCAAACGUUAUACCAUGUCUCGCAGCUUGGAUGGAGCAUCAGUGAAUGAAAACCAUGAAAUAUACAUGAAGGAUUCUGUGUCUGCUGCAGAGGUUGGUACUGGCCAGUACGCCACAACAAAAGGCAUCUCUCAGACCAACUUGAUCACCACUGUGACUCCGGAGAAGAAGGCCGAGGAGGAGCGGGACGAGGAAGAGGACAAACGGAGGAAGGGGGAAGAAGUCACGCCUGUCUCGGCCAUCCGGCACGAGGGAAAGACCGACAGUGAGCGCACGGACACUGCAGCCGACGGGGAGACCACCGCCACUGAGAAUAGUCUGAUUAAACGAAUAAAGGGUGAAAAUGUGUAUGUCAAACAUAGUAAUCUUAUGUUAGAGGAGCUAGAAAAAACUCAAGAUGACCUGAUGAAACAUCAAACCAACAUUAGCGAGCUAAAAAGAACCUUCCUGGAAACCUCAACAGACACUGCCGUAACGAAUGAAUGGGAGAAGAGGCUUUCCACCUCCCCCGUGCGACUGGCCACCAGGCAGGAGGAUGCCCCCAUGAUCGAACCGCUUGUCCCUGAAGAGAAAAUGGAAACCAAGACGGAGUCCAGCGGAAUAGAGACAGAGCCCACCGUGCACCGCCUGCCGCUUAGCACUGAGAAGGUGGUGCAGGAGACCGUGUUGGUGGAGGAGCGGCAUGUGGUGCACGCGAGUGGGGAUGCUUCUUACUCAGUGGGAGACAGCGGGGAUACUGCAGCACAGCCCGCAUUCACGGGCAUUAAAGGGAAAGAAGGCUCUGCCUUGAUGGAGGGGUCUAAAGAGGAAGGAGGAGAGGAGGUCGCUAAAGCUGUCCUGGAACAGGAAGAGACAGCCGCUGCUUCCCGUGAGCGACAAGAGGAGCAGAGUGCAGCCAUCCAUGUUUCAGAAACUUUGGAACAAAAACCUCAUUUUGAGUCCUCAACGGUGAAGACGGAAACCAUCAGUUUUGGCAGUGCUUCACCAGGAGGAGUAAAGCUAGAAAUUUCUACCAAGGAAGUGCCAGUAGUUCACACCGAAACCAAAACCAUCACAUAUGAAUCAUCACAGGUCGAUCCAGGCACAGAUCUGGAACCGGGCGUGCUGAUGAGUGCACAGACGAUCACAUCUGAAACCACCAGUACCACCACCACUACGCACAUCACCAAAACUGUGAAAGGGGGCAUUUCAGAGACAAGAAUCGAGAAGCGAAUAGUCAUCACAGGGGAUGCAGACAUUGACCAUGACCAGGCGCUGGCUCAGGCAAUUAAAGAGGCCAAAGAGCAGCACCCUGACAUGUCAGUGACCAAAGUAGUGGUCCAUAAAGAGACAGAGAUCACGCCAGAAGAUGGAGAGGAUUGACCAGAGGAAUAACUUAGCUUGCACAUGAAUGCAGUCAUGCAAACCAUUAAGAAAACCAGAGCCUAUAUGGAGUUCCCUCUUCUAACCCAACUGACUUGUAUCUGUCCAUGGAAAAUUUCAGUCCAGAAGAAUUGACCUUGACCAUUACUAAAGACACUGGCAAAGAGAUCUUCCCAUAAUACAGCAAUCUGAUUCAGCAUCACUAAACUGAUAAUGCAUGAAGCGACGAUAAAAUUACAAAAGAGCAGCAUUUUUAAUUUUCACAAAACGUCUCAGUUUUCAGCUCUACCUGCACGUUCAUAACCAACAAUAUAAACCGUGAUCUCAUGUAACACAUACACAAUUCAUGCCUUUCAUAGUUUAUUAUUAUUAAAGUCUAAACAAAAUGGCAAUUUCUUAGGUAACAAACCUUUUGUUUACAAUUAGCGAAGAUUACCCUCAAAUGCUAGAAGCUGUCUAGGUCCGUCCGGUGUGUCAGAUUUUCCCCAGGUUAGAUGUGCCAAUAACCAAGUUUAUUCAGUAAACAACUUGUACUUGUUUCAUCUGGUUUUAUUACUCUCACCCAUAAACAUUAAUGACUCUCUGACCCUCUGGAAAUAUUUAACGCUUCCAAUCUUGCUUUGUGUAUCUCAUUUAAUUUGUUAUAAGGUAGUACUGAUUUUAGCAUAUUAAUGCGAUUUCUUCCUUGUUGUUUGCUUUGGUCUGUGUUCAAUCCGGAGAGCUUUUCAGAGUUCCCUAACAGGUCCUAAAUAUGUAAAUUGUCGUUAUUUUGGGAAGAAGAACCUGUAUUUUUGUUAGUUUACAAUAUUAUGAAAUUUCACUUCAGGAGAACCUGCUGGGCUUCCUGUGGCUUUGUUUUCUUAGUUUCUUUUUCCGUGUAUUUUUUAAUUAAUUUUUCUUCUUUUACUUGACAAGAAAGUGUUUUAUUUUCAAAUCUGGUCCAUAUUUACAUUCUAGUUCAGAGCCAAGCCUUAAACUGUACAGAAUUUCCACUGUAAUUACAACUAUUUAGUGUUAGUUAUAAACAGCCUUCAAAAAGAGAGAUUCUCCAUUAAACGGUCACCUGCAUCACAGCCCAUGGUGAAUGUAUGUUUCUGCAUAGCGAAAUAAAAAUGGCAAAUGCACUGAAA